GAUGACAUACCGUCGUAGUUCUGUUUACUACCUUUAUCCAAACGAACAAUGACAACACAAGAAGGAGGUUGUUUAUUUCAAAUAGGUUAUUGGUUCUACACUAGGACUUGUCUGGGUUAUAUCUAUCACAGGAGAGAUGUUAACAAAGCUAGGGACAAAUAUGGGGAAGGAGAAAGUCAUUCAGUAAUACAGACAAAAACAUACAAUGAUUUGGAAAUAACACCUGUCCCUAUGUCCUUAGACAACCUAGCCUAUGUAAUAACAGAUGGCAAGACAACAGUAGUUAUAGACCCUGGAGAUCCAGAACCUGUUCAUGAAUACCUUGAGAAGAAUAACCUAACACCAGAUGCUGUCUUGGUGACACAUAAACAUUGGGACCACAGUGGAGGAAACUCAGAGAUGAAAAAGAAAUACAGAAAAAUUAAGAUAUAUGGCAGUGCUUCAGAUAAUAUAAAUAAUGUUACCAAUGGUGUAACAAAUGGUGAAGAACUAAUGUUUGAAACUAUGAAGUUUACCUGUCACUUGUCACCAGGUCAUACAACAGGUCACAUGUACUUUGUUUUAGAUGGUUCCCCUUAUAGAGCCCCAGAUUCUGUGUUUUCAGGGGAUCAUUUGUUCCUAGGUGGUUGUGGAAGGAUGUUUGAGAAACCUGCAUUUUCAAUGUUGAAGUCACUUGAUGAGAUUUCAGAUCUACCCCAAGACACAUUGGUCUGGCCAGGUCAUGAAUAUGCAUCGGAUAACCUAGAAUUUGCCUGCCAUGUGGAACCAAGCAAUGAAAAAGCAAAGGAAAAGUUAAUAUGGGUGAAAGAACAAAGACUAAAGAAAAUGUGUACAUGUCCGUCAACAAUGGGAGAAGAAUUAACAUAUAAUCCAUUCCUGCGAACAAAAGAGAAGACAAUAAUGGUAGCUGCUGGUGCCCUGUUUGAAGGAGAAUAUAAAGUACCAGAUGAUGAUGCUAGAGCACAAGCUUUGUUUGAACUAAGACAGAUGAAAGACAAAUAUAAAUACAAAUUAUGAUAAAGUUUCAUGUAUAUAUUGUAUUUAUGUGUAAAUUAGAGGGUUGUAAGGUAUAUUUAACAUGCAUUAAAAUGAACAAUUUUCACUAGUACUGAUAUUUUCAACUCAAAGUGGUCGAUGAAUACUGCUGUCAAAUUAUCUUUCAUAUAAUCUUUUUUAAUUUUUAUUUAAAAAAAAAUUAUUCUGAAAAUUCAUGUGACAAAUCAAAUACCAAUGUUCAUAAAAAUAAUUCACUUUGAACUGUGCUUUGUGGUUUCUUGAAACUUUCUUCACCAAAAAAUAACAAAAUGGAAGGUUGUAAGUUUUGUUUAUUGAGCUCUUAAGGUCAUACGAUACAGUCACUGGAGUGGUAAUGACGUUGCUAUCGUAAUAUGCUAUUUUUCGCGACGUCAAACUGUGACUUAUCGGGAAAAGAUACAUUUUUCGAGGGAUUUAAAUCUUUAGCUUGAAAACGAAUACACAGACUCCUCUUUUUUAAGAUGACAAAUGACUUGAAACUGUAUGAAGAUUAUUUGUUCCAACUUUUAUGAAAGAAUCACCGAAGAAUUUUUAUACGACCGCAAACAAAUUUUGCAGGCUUAUAUUGGUAUGACGUUGGCAUUGUCGUCGUCCGAAGACACAUUAGUUUUCGCACUCUAACUUUAGUUUAAGUGAAUGGAUCUAUAUGAAAUUUUACCAUAAGGUUCAAUACCACAAAAGUGAAGGUUGGGAUUGAUUUUGGGGGUUAUGGUACCAACAGUUAAGGAAUUAGGGGCCAAAAAGGGACCAAAAAUAAGCAUUUUUGUAACUUCCAGACAUAACUUGUGUGUUAGUGUAUGGAUCUCGCUGACAUUGUACCACAAGGUUCCAUAUCACAAAGGGAAUGCUGGGAUUGAUUUUGGGGGUAAUUGCCUCCAAAUUUUAGGAAUUAGGGGCCAAAAAACGGGAAAAAAACAAGCAUUUUUCUAGUUUCAUGACACAAUAACUUGUGUGUAAGUGUAUGGAUCUUUCUGAAAUUGUACUACAAGGUUCUAUAUCACAAAGGGAAAGCUGGAAUUGAGUUUGGGGGUAAUUGCCCAAAACAUUUAGGAAUAAGGGGCCAAAAAGGGACCAAAAAUAAGCAUUUUUCUAGUUUCCAGACAAUAACUUGUGUUUAAGUGAAUGGAUCUCUAUGAAAUUGUACUGCAAGGGAAGGCUGGGAUUGAUUUUGGGGGUAAUUGCCUAAAAUUGUAAGGAAUUAGGGGCCAAAAGGCGGCAAAAAAACAAGCAUUUUUCUAGUUUCAGGACAAUAACUUGUGUGUAAGUGUAUGGAUCCUUAUAAAAUUGUACUACAAGGUUCCAUAUCACAAAGAGAAAGCUGGGUUUGAGUUUGGGGGUAAUUGCCCUAAAUAUUUAGGAAUUUGGGGCCAAAAAGGGGCCAAAAAACAAGCAUUUUUCUAGUUUCCAGACAAUAACUUGUGUUCAAGUGUAUAGAUCUCUCUGAAAUUGUAUGCAAGGUACCAUACUACAAAGGGAAUGCUGGGAUUGAGUUUUGGUGUGAUGAAUCAUAAGGGGGUUCAAAAAAUUUGGGGGGGGGGGGGAGGGUUCCUUUUUUUUCUUUAAAAUUUUCCAUUUUAAAUUGGUUAUUUUUGAUUUAUAUAUAAAAGCAAAUAAUAAUGAUAUGGUUUGAAUAGGUAAAUUAAAAAUUUUUAAGUUCUUAGACCACAUUCAUUCUGUGUCAGAAACCUAUGCUGUGUCAAAUAUUUAAUCACAAUCCAAAUUCAGUGCUGUAUCAAGCUUGAAUGUUGUGUCCAUACUUGCCCCAACUGUUCAGGAUUCGACCUCUGUGGUCGUAUCAAGCUGGGCCCAGCGAAGCAUUUUAUUUUAAAAAUUAGAGAAAUAUGCAGCAAAAAAUGCUGUUUUUCACUAAAAUCAUGAAAUUUUAAUAAAAAUGAAUUAUUUUCAAACAAUUGUUACACAAAUUAAGAGCAUACUUUUGUAAAGAAGAUAUUCAAAAUUGUUUUAUAAAAAUCUGCAUGUGUUUAUCUUUUGAAACAAAAAGGUUAAGUAUGUCUGUCCAAAGGAUGGAAAUGUACAAGAAACUGAAAUUUUAAGUAAAUGUCUAAAAGUUUGACCCCAUUUAUCUCUAAAUAUAGCAUAUGAAGGUAUAUUUUUUAUUACAUAUUUGAAUUAACUAAGUGAAAAAUAGCUUGUAUGCAAAUUUUCGUAAAAAUUAAACCAUGGGAUAAAAACUGUAUCGUAUGCCCUUGAACAUUUUCAUGAGUAAUUUUAAACUCUGCUGCAAACUAUCUUUAACAUGAUUGUUUUUCAAAUUUUUGUUUUUUUUGUUUUUAAUUGAAUUAAAUAGAACUUUGAGGCUUAAGUAAACGAUUAAUUUGUGAAAAUCAUGUAGACAUUUUUAUACAUAAUUACUUGGAAUAUGAUAAUUUCUUUUUGUAUUACUUCUUUUUGUAGUGCGCUUGACUCCAAUCUUAAUUGUCAGUUUUCCUACCGAAGAUUGGUGAUUCUCUCCAGGCGCUAUGGCUUCCUCCACAAAUAAAAACUGACCGCCACGGAAUAGCACAAUAGUGUUGAAAGUGGCAUUUAACACCAAAUAAUCAAUCAAUCUUUUGUAGUGCCAUUUAUCAGUCAUUAAAUCUUGAUAUUUACUGGGAUUUAUCUAACUUAAGAUAAGCAGAAUAAAGUUAAAUGUGUAUGAAAUUAGCAUAAAUUAAUAUUUUAUGUUAAAAUUUUCAAUUCUAGCUUCAUUUCUGGUCAUAUACAUUAGCAGAGUCAUGUUAAUACAUUUAUUUAGAAUUUCACUAGAGAAAAAAUGGUCUAUGUUCACACCAACAGAAAAUGAAAACAUUUUAGUGAAACCUUUGAAAUUAUCAGACAUUAAUAAUAGCCAAUUAAAACACUUUCAUUAAUUUUUUUGGGUUUUAAUUUAUUAUAGAUACUUAUUAUGCCCCCACCACAGUGUUAUCCCUUAAUAACAUUAUAUGCCAGAAGGGGCAUCAUCUGUGUCCCAUGGACACAUUCUCCUUUUAUUUUUAAAUAUUUCGUUUUCUUAUGUUUAUUACUCUGGAAUAUUGUAAGAAAUAAUGGUGCAUUAUGGGAAUGCCACUGUUUUGAACAUUCAUUUAUUAAUUCAAGUGCCAUUUACACAAUUGCAAGAACUAACGUUAGAAUGACAAUGUUUAGUUUCUGUAUAGGUGUAUUGUCUAUAUCCUGCUUUAUGUGAUAUAUAUAUUAUUAAUAUAAUGUUUAUAUUAAAGGAUUUGUGAUUCUUUUAAACUUGAUUACAUGUUUAUUUGUAUUUACUCAGUUUGCACACUGAUACUGUUGUGUUCAGCUAUUUGUAGGUCAAAAACAGCAUAUUGCAUAGGGCAUAAAGUAUGUUACUAAAAAUACAUUCAAGAAAUCACUAAUUUUACAUUGUUCAUGCAAUAGUUGUUGAUUAAUAAUAUAACAAUUUUAGCCUUUGGUUGAGGUCAAUACGAUGUUAAAUCAACCUAGAGAAGCAUAUUGACCAUGGACUUCGUCCUCAGUCAAUAUGCUUCUCUAAGGUCGAUAUAACCUUGUAUCGACCUCAUACAAAGGUUAUAAUUGUAUAAUAUAUAUAUUGUAUGUAUAUAUGUGUAUAAUACUUAUCACCGAAUUUAUAGGUUAAGUACAAAUCAUAUAAAUUGUAAAGUGCUUUUUGUUAGUUUAUUUUGUUAUAAGUAUCUUAUAAUCAAGAUGAUUUUGUUGUAUAAGGGCUGCAAGUCUACAUAAUAGUACAAAAAUCUUAAAAUUUAUCAUGAAUUAUAAUGAAAGUUUUCAUAAAAUUAGAUUUUUUUUUUGGUAGAAUUUUCUCAUAAAAAAAUCAGGUUAUCUGCUGCCUUAGAAGCAUUAAAUCAUGUCACAUGCAUCAGUUACAGUUUUCAUUCAUUAUGAAAACAGCUUUUUAAACGGCUUACUGUUCUUAUGCAAGAGGCUAUUUGCUGUUCAGAUUACCAAUGAACAAAAUCCUUUCAGGUGUAAUUUAUAUUGCAAAUUCAGAAAUUAUUGUGUGCAUUUAUUUUGCAAUUUUGGGAGAAUGGACAACAAUAUUAGAUUAAUUACUAUGAUUUUAGGAAAGGUGCAUUCAGAUAUAUGUUUCAUAUAUCAGAAUAUGUUUUCUUAUUAUUGUGAUAGUCACACGGUCGCAUUUAAUAAAAACCUCACAAUAAUAUCUGUAUUUACAGAUUCAUUUCUUUAUACUUGUAACUGAUGAUAUGGGCUAUUCCAUUAAAAUGUAUGUGGGAAGGUAGGAAGGGACUUUCAAAAUAUCCCUACAACCAAGGACCAUUUUUUAGAUAAUUUUGCAUAAUGGUAAUAGACGCAUACUGAAAAAAGACCCAUGACCCACAUUCAAUAAUUAAACUUCCAUUCCUACCCUCCCACAUACAUUUUAAUGGAAUAGCCCUAAUGUAGUCCUUUGUAAAUGAAAGGUUGUUGAGAAUUAACCCACAAUCAGAUAUAUUUUCUGUUUCAUUUGAAAAUUUGAAAAACCAAGUACCUAAUUAUCUGCCAUACUAGUAAGGAUAGAUUGAUUUCAAUCUGAAAACUUUUAUUCUGACAUUUGAAAAUUAAAACAUGAAAGUUCAAUGGUGUCACUCUUGAAACAAAGAAAGGUCAUCUUGACGUAUGGAGAUGAACAAUUGCUUAUUGUGUAUAUUUUUUUUAUUGUGUGCCAUAUCAUUGGUAUGAAAAUUAAAAAUACUUUUUAUUUUGUUAUUAUAUUAUAUUGUAUUAUAUUUAUGAGACUGUCCUUUGAACAGACAAGAAUCAAAUUGAAGAUAUGUACUUAAUUCUAAUAAAACAUUUAAAUAUUCAUAUUAACAUCAUUCCUUAAUCAGUAAAAUAAUUAGUUAAGUAGCAGCUGGUUUUGAUAAGAUUAGUUUAACUAAUUGAUCGAUCUCAGAUUUGAUAUAAGAAUGCAGUGUUCUCCCCAGGAUUUUUGGAUAGCACCAGGGUAACGCGUGUGAACAGCUUGGUGAAAUGAUUCAUACAAUCAUUUGUGUCACAUGGCGUCGCUAUAUUUCUAGUUAUUGCAGUUUUUAUGUCUCUUGAUUUGUUUUAAUACUGUGGUACUGUGUUAUGUCAGAAUAUUAUUGGUUAAAAAGAUCAAUAAACAGUUUGUAUACUUUUAAUUUUUUUUUAAAAAUAAAUAAAACAUGAUUCAUUACAUAAUAUUCAUCUAAAUUUAAAGUAAUUAAAUCUUUUAUAAAAUCCAUGAUCAAUAAAAAUAAAAUAUCAUUCAAACAGAAACAUAUAUAUUGUUAGAUAUACUGUUCCCGGAUUCAAAAGAGAACAAAAAUGUUCAAUUUAAAAAACUUUCUAGUUUCUAGAAAGAAAGUUGUUGUAUGUGAAAGGAUUCCUGUCAUAAGGAGAUAUAAUAUUAACAAGAACAAAAUUGUGUUAUAAUUUGAACCAGUUUCUAUCUUAAAUUUUAAUAAAAAGAAAUUUUUCAUAAAUUUUAAAGCAUUUUGCCAUAGAUUUCAUGUACAUGUAAAUAUUAAACUUUCUUGUCUUUGGUGUUAAUCAAACAUAGAUACAGACUUAAUACUGCACUGAAAUCUAAAUCUUUAUUUGUCAUGAUCCAUUUAAAAAGAAUUCCUAAAUCUAUAAAUUUAUCUUAGGUCUAUAGAUCUAUAAGAAACAUAUUCAAUGUCAACAACAAAUUCUCCCUAUUUUCCCGCCUAAAUGACAGGAAGUAGAUAUAAAUAGAUUUAACAUGUGCUUAUGGAUUAAAAUUGCAAGAUCACUUCUGUUAUUCAUUAAUGAUCAUAUGGAUAUAGAUAUCCAGUUUGAAGGUACAGUCAUGCAUUUUAUUUAUAAAAUAGAAUAGAUUGCAGUUAAUUGUAAAUAAUCUUGAAUAUUCUACGUGAACUUACUGGGUCAUGUGAUCCUUCCCCUUUGAAUUACUUGUUUACAGUUUGAAACCGGAAUAUCAUGCAAUAACUAUGUCAUAAUUAAAGAUAAUUUUGGCCAUGGUUUAAUCAGAGACAUAUAAAACUAUAAUAUAAGUAUUGAGCUAACUUUAUAAUGUACAAAAUAUGUACCGUCGUGUGUACAACUAUCGGGUCAACACAGUUUGUGUACAAAGUAUUUGCUGACUUGUCAGGUGGUGAGUGAAGCCUUAAAAUAGUUAUCUUUGAUCAUAAAGUUAUGAUCUCUAAAUUAAAACACAAAAGAAUCAUGUAAAAAGUGUUAAUUACAUCGAUUAAAUCCAAUCAACAAAGGUUAACCUCAUAAAGGAAAUCGAUCACGUGGUGUAAACAAUCCGUGUUGAACUGGUUUGAACUGGUCAAAUUUCACCUGGAAUUUUACACCGCACGGAAAAGAUUUAACAAGUCGUUUAAAACUUUACCAAUUAAAGAUUUUUUAACUGAAAAUUUUUACAUCGUGGUAAGAACGAUACCACCGCAGUAAAAAAUUAUACAUCGUGGGCCCUCGGUCCUUUAAGGGCCUGGGGAGAACACUGGAAUGCUAAUAAUAUUUUCAUGUUUUUUCAUUAAGAUUUUGUUUGAGCAUCUUAAAAUUUAAUAGCAAUUAAUAUAAUUAUAUUUGUUUGAUAUUAUAAUUUUUUUUAUGUAUGUUUUGUAUGUAUAUCUUUAAUGUAUUCAUUUUUAGCUUUUUUGUAGACUUGUCAGUUUUUUAGUCUUAUUUCGUUUUAUGCCAUGGCAUAAUAUUGUUAGUUUGUUUUUCGACAUAUGAGUUCGAAUACCCUUUUUGGUAUCUUCCACUGAACUUUUUUGGCUAACCAAUCCUUUUGCAUUCAUUUCAGCUAACCUGGCCAAAAGGGCUAUGAAUAAGUAUUAUUAUCACUUUGUGUGUGUUAUUGUCUGUUCUUAAAUGAGUCAUAUAGUGAGAAACAAAUGUGUAACUUUUAGUCAACAAGAGGUCAUCAUUAGCAACCUCAUCCUCAACCCCUAAUGUUUAGUAUUUUAUUGAGUAUUAAAAUGAGGAGAUGUGGUAUGAUUGGCUAAUGAGACCACUAUCCACCUGAGUUAAAAUGAGGAGAUGUGGUAUGAUUGGCUAAUGAGACCACUAUCCACCCGAGUUAAAAUGAGGAGAUGUGGUAUGAUUGGCUAAUGAGACCACUAUCCACCCGAGUUAAAAUGAGGAGAUGUGGUAUGAUUGGCUAAUGAGACCACUAUCCACCCGAGUUAAAAUGAGGAGAUGUGGUAUGAUUGGCUAAUGAGACCACUAUCCACCCGAGUUAAAAUGAGGAGAUGUGGUAUGAUUGGCUAAUGAGACCACUAUCCACCCGAGUUAAAAUGAUGUGGAUGUAACCAAUUUAAGUACUAAUGAUAUGAAAAUGGGUUAAAAUUAUGAUAGCAUCCAUGAAUCUCAAUCCUUCAUAGUAUAUGAGGCCCUAUCCCCUCUUUCAUACUCCAGUAACUUUGCUGUGUAGAAAAUACCAAUUUUAAAGUCUACGGUUUGAUCUGACCAGGGAUGGAAGCCACGACCUCCCACACUCGAAGCAAACAGUUUACCAGUACACCACCAAGACAGUCUGUUACUGUUGAUUCAGUGAAUUUGAAAUUAAAACUUUUAAAAAUAAAAUUUUCUGAUUCAGUGUGUUGAUGGUGAAGUAUUUAGGAUAUACCAUUGACAUAUUUUCUACUGUUGCAUUUGCAUGCAUGCACUUCAGAGGGUCUUGGUAGCCGAGUGGUCUAAGUAGUUCACCUACAGUGCUCACUAGCCUGUCAAGGUCUUGGUAGCAGAGUGAUCUGAGUAGGUCACCUACAGUGAUCACUAGCAUGUCAACUUUGGUUUUCAGGUUGAACCUGCAUGAGGCAGGUGUGUUUGACUCCGAUCUUAACUGUGAAGGAAUGCCAGUUUUCCUUGCGAAGGUUAAUGUUUUUCUUCUGGUACAAAGCUUCCUCCGCCAAUCAAAACUGAUCUUCGUUUGAUAAAAAUGUUUACUUUUUAUUUCAUAUUGCAUAUUUAUAUUGUAACUUAUUUGAUUGGUAUUUAUUGAUAUUUUUAUGUCUUUGGAGAAAUAAAUAUAUUUUGAAACAUAA